GUCGGGGCAGCGAUAGGAAGACAAGAGCGGGCGCCAUGGCCGUCCCAACCGGCUACAAUCAAAGGGUGUUUGAAUUGUCAAGCCGCGUCUCACAGCUGCAGCAACAGCUGCACUUUGGUCGUACGUUGCAGGCAGAACAGCUUCAAAGCCGUCUCGAAGGCCUUGCCGCCAGGCUUGUGGCUGUCCGCUGCAGUUUUCAUUCCGAGUUCUGCCUCCUUGCCGAGGAGCUUGCAAGUUUGCGAAAGGGCUUGGAGGUAGCAAGGCGAGGAUGCCAAAUCGAUGUCCAGGCCCAGCAGAAGCAGCUGAGCGCCAUCGACAAACAUCUUCAAGAAGCCUUUCAGGAAGCCCGCCAUCGAGGUGGCGAGAGUGAGGCGCGGCUCCUGCAAGCAUUUGAUGAACGCUCGCAGCUUUUGCGCGAAGCGAUAGAUGGAAAGAGCGGCCUAAGACACAGCGCAGAGGAAUUGCUUCGGAGGUUCCUUGAAAAAGAGGUUCCCGAGCUACGUGCUCGCCUUGCAGAGGCUGCCGAACACCGUGCCGCCCUGCAACAUCGAGCACUUGAGCGUGUUAGCAUGGAGCUGCGCCAGUUGCGCAUUGCCGCCAGUGAAGAGGUUGCUGCACGUGAAAAAGCCGAAGAGGCUUUGCUGCAACUGUGUGCAGAUUUUGGCAGUACCUUACGUGCAGACGUUGAACUAGAACAAUGCGCAAGCUGCGAUGCAGAGGUUGGACGUGGAGCUCCAAAACGGGAGAGCAGGUCCAGGAAGAAAGACAACUCUGAGCAACAAGUUCCCAAGCCAUUGAGGAUUCAGAUUCGCAACCCUGAUCCUAUAGAGGAUCCUUUUGCCAAUCCCGUUCUCAUUUGACUGUGUGCCAUGGUGGUGAAAAGACUUUGUUGAGCGCGCCGUUUCAACCUGUUUGCUGCGAGGGUUCAGCGAAACCCGUUGUCUGGAUGUUUUCCCCUCCUUCCUCGAUGACGAUGACAGGGAGAGCUUGUGGGACCCUCCAGGAGAGACCACUGGGGCCGUUGACUUUGAGCAUGGCUAUGAGCCCAAACACCCUUGAGCCUGAGCAGGUGUUUGAGGAUUAUUAAUGCCUCACUUUGCUUUAUUUGCAAUGCAGUUGUUGAAGCAAAGUUCUGCAGGGUGACCCAUUGCUGGACAUGCACCCACUGCCUUGGUAACGAGGACCAUGGCUAUAGUUAAUAUAAAACUAUGCCAUCUAUACGGCGCCCUCUAUAUAUAUAUAUAUUAUACGCCGAUUAUGCGGAGACUGGAAGUCGCCAGUCCCGAAGGCAGAAGAAGAGACCUGCAUUAGAGGCUUUUAAGCAGCUGCCACGUUGACAUCUUUGGUUAUGUGACUCACCCGAAGGGCAACGUUUUGCACAAGACGAACAUGUGGCUAAGACACCGUCAAUCCGUUGGCCGAACCCGAGGGGGCACCAAGAUCUUGGGGGCUCUGCAUUCCAAGCGUUUGGACGGCUCUCAAGAGAGCAGCCAAGACGAGUGGAGUUCCAUGCUUGGAUACAUCCAAGCCAGGCAUGGAAUGGCGUGGAGGAGCGCCACCUACGCCACUAUAUGAGAAGGACAAUGUUCGAGCACGGUGGAAAUCUGGAUGUUGCAAGCAGCCCUUUCAUGGAGACGGCCCUCUCCCUACACAUGCAGUCGCAGGGAGAACUGGAAGGAGCUCGACACAUGCCGCUUCCACAGAUCCACCGUGAAGACGGAAUCAACAUGUUCAUUUCCGCCCCUCGACAAAUUUGAAGUGCUUCACCAACACAGGCGGGACCAUGCGCAACUGCAUCCCCCGCACCCGGGACACAGCGUUUGAAGGCUGUGGGCAUAGAGAUGGGCAGGGUUUGACCAGGAGGCCCUCGCUUCCAGACUCUUGGACACGAGCAAUUAUCAAGACAAAUUUAGAGGAAAUUGGCGACCCAUCAACUACCCCAGCCAAGCCAAAGCAGUUGCGGCCUCCACUCCAGAGACGCAUGCGGACUCAGAACCGGGGGAGCUCAGCGAGCAAACCCCUGUAUAGCAUGAUGGUUGCAGGAUACAACUGCCAACUUGGCGAAACGGGUCUUCAAUGGACAGCAUGAGUUGCAGAUGCAAGCACAACCUUCCUCCAGGGCUCACAACCAGACGGCAAACGCCCAACGCCGUUGUUUCUGAGCCGCUUGCACGGCGCGCGGAAAAAUCUAUGGCUUACAUGAGCGACAAGCCAUACCUUUGGCGCAUGAAAAUCGUGAGUCGCCUCACCGCCCGGGGUUCCAGAGACACAGAUACGACCCUAUGCUCUCCCUGAAGCACGAUGACCAUGCGAUGACCAAAAUAUCAAAAAACGAUUCCAGUCAGUCACGCACGUUCACGCUUCGCUGGUUCACGCCAGUGCCGGAAUGACCGUUCAGCGGAAAGACAAAAAGUCACGUACGUCCACGUUGACGACAUCAUUGUCGGCGUGGUAAAAGCAGCCGACUACAACUUGGCUGAAGUAUGCUGAAGUCACACCCCUCUUCAAAUCUCAGGAGGGCAAAAACAGGUCCAGGGAGAAGAAUUCACCCUGACCACGCAGGGGCGUGCAGUCUGCUUCGUCGACUUCCUGAAACAAAAUUCCUGGCCGAGGCUUGCUUGUCGCCAACACGCCAGUGAACAAAGGAAGCAUGCUGGUGACCUGCACAGCUGCCAGCUUCGCCAACGAAGCGCGCCUCUUUGCAACGCACCUGCACACAGAGCCGGUCGCGCCAUCAACGAAGCCCCCGACAUCAUGGACAAGAGAUCUCUCAUCAACAUCCGCGCAGCCUGAUGUACGCUGACGGCCUCACCAAUUACAAUUACGAUGUCAAGCUGGGAAGCCUUUUCAAUGCGGCUUGAAAGACUGACUUCAACCCCGAAGGAUCAACCAAAUAGGACCAGUGAGCAGUUUGAGCAACACGUUCCCAAACCAUUGAGAAUUCUGAUUGGAACGGUGUUUUCAUUUGACUCUGCGCCAUGACGGUGAAAAGACUUUGUUGAGCGCGCCGUUUCUUUUUUUCGCUGCGAGGGCUCAGCGAAACCCAUUGCAGAUUAGGGAUUGGAUAAGAGCCUUGUGAGCGUGCAGUUUCGUGCUUGUUCGAAUCAAGUCGUUCUUGCAGUCGCCUGCGUUCACUCCAGGACGCGAUAAUAAGAUUACUGA